AUUAGAAAUACGGUUGUGAAUCUGCUCUAAAAUUUUUUACGUUAACUUUAAAAAAAAUCCAUUUUGGAAAGACAAGAUCGAAAAAGAACAUGAUUGAAGCAGGAUAGAGUUGUUGAGAAAGUGAAUAAUUCACUGGUUCGGAGCAUGGGUAGGAAUCUAAAGAAAAAUACACAUUAGAAGUUCAUAAAAUUAAAAAUUCGCGCCAGUAAUAUUAGAGAAGAUUUGUAGUCAUAUUUGAAAUGCAUUAAGGCGAAUACGCAAUACUAAUAAGUCCUCCAUAUUAGCGUUCCUAAAUUCAUUUAACUUUGACAAUCUAUAUUUUUUACCUGCUAUAUCGAUCGUGCUACACAUAGUAAAAUAUUUGGACUAUAGUUACUUAAAUAGUAUAUCGAUGUAAUUUGCGAUUUUCGCAGAGGCUAAGACAUUUUAAACGUCGAAAUGAUAUAAAUCAUAAAGUAAUAGGAAAAAUUAGAAACUGUGUGUCUGCGAUCACGUCUGUAUAGAGGUCGUGACCGAAUCUAAAGAAGUAGAAUCCCGUUCAACAGUGGAAGGAUUGAAGUCGAGGUGAUCGCAGAAAAGGUAGUUGACAAAACGUCUAUCGUGCUGUCGCGGGAGAGAGUGUAUGGUGCAUGUUAAGAAGGAUCGUUCGCAGCUUAUAAUCUUAUAAUAUUGUAGAAUAUUGCAAAAAUCAACGACACGUGCAACCGUGUAGCAGUAAAUUGAAUUUCACCGACAGGUCAUCCAGGAGUGCACAAUGAGCUUCCUAUUUGGAAGCAGGUCUUCGAAAACCUUUAAACCAAAGAAGAAUAUCCCUGAGGGAACUCAUCAAUAUGACUUGAUGAAGCAUGCAGCAGCCACUCUAGGCUCUGGAAAUUUGAGACUUGCAGUUAUGCUCCCAGAAGGUGAAGAUUUAAAUGAAUGGGUUGCAGUAAAUACUGUUGAUUUUUUCAACCAAAUCAAUAUGUUAUAUGGCACUAUUACAGAGUUCUGUACAGAAGAAAGUUGUCCCAUUAUGUCUGCAGGACCUAAAUACGAAUACCAUUGGGCUGAUGGGCAUACUGUGAAAAAGCCAAUUAAAUGUUCCGCACCAAAGUACAUUGAUUAUUUAAUGACUUGGGUGCAGGACCAGUUAGAUGAUGAAACCCUAUUUCCUUCAAAAAUCGGAGUCCCUUUUCCAAAAAAUUUCUUGUCCAUUGCCAAGACAAUAUUGAAAAGAUUAUUCAGAGUGUAUGCACAUAUUUAUCAUCAACACUUCAGCGAAGUGGUUCAACUUGGUGAAGAAGCGCAUUUAAACACUUCAUUCAAACAUUUUAUCUUUUUUGUUCAGGAAUUUAACUUGAUAGAAAGAAGAGAAUUGGCGCCAUUGCAAGAAUUAAUAGAGAAGUUAACAGCGAAGGACGCCCGAUGAACGAUUUUGAUCGUCAAUCGAAAACUCCUCCAAAGACUCUCACCCGUGCUAUCUUUUUAAUCAAACGUGUAAUUGUGCAUGUUAUUUAUCUAAUCCAAUUCAUUGCUAACGCGAUCAUCGCCUCGAAGCAGGAGUCACUGGUAUUGUACUACAUAACAUAUUUUAUUCAUUUACAAAAACGAGUGACUGAUUUACGCAUUUUAUAACGAAGACAAAUCUCGAUAAAAACAGAGUUUUGUCUAUUUGGGAGAUCGAUGAAAUUACAGAGUAAAGAUCGAUAGGGUGAGGAUUAUUAACGUAGACUUUUGUAAAAUAGUUAUACAUUCGAUACAAUUCGUCCGUUUUAUUUUACAUCUUGAAAGAAGGAAAAAAUUGUUGUUUCUUAAGUAGUCGAGAUGUUUUGUGGUGAAUUGUAAUUUAUUACGAGUAACGAAUUUUUAUACUCGGAACUUUGAGAACAAAGAUUAGCGGUGAGAGACGAAAAAAAUAAUUCAUAUCGACUAUAUAAAAUGGAUUACAUUUUUAAAAAAACGUUAGAAACAACGAUUACACUCGGUCUUACGUUUCUUAUUCUCAUUGUUUGUGAUUAUCUUUCGUAGUAUUGCACAUUAUGCUGUUUUAUUGUAAAAGUUCGAGAAAUAUCGUAACUUUUAUAAAUAGAAACGAUACUAUGCGUAAUGUCUGAAAAUAAGAAUGCUCUCGAUAGCAUUUCUAUAUUCUUUUUUUUAAAUUUGCGACAACUUCGUGAAAACUUUGCGCCUUUGAUUAUCGACAUGAAUUGGUACAACCUGAUAUUGAACAUUUUAUAUCACUGCUAAACUAUACAUUGUUAGUACAUAACAUUAUUAAGUUAAUAUUACGCUAUUUACAUUAAACUUCAUACUAUGUAAUUAGUUUAGACGAUUAUUAUCAUCGUGUCAAGCGCUUGCAAUAGAAAUUAUUUAUAGCGUUAGGGAUUUUAUACGCACCAUAUCUUUUAUUCUUUAUACGAGUGAAUUUUUGAGUCUGUUCUAUUUUAGGAAGCAUGUUAUAUUAUAUUUAAGCCGUUUGCGUCGCAUUACUGGGAAAGUUCUUUUUGCAUUUCAGCUUUUUUUAUUUUUAGUAUUUUAUGUAAAAAUGAUUGCUUCUCGUACGUUAUAAAAACAUUUGUACAUGAAUAUACCAAAACUUAAUAACUUCAUUUCUAAGUAUAACAUAGAUUCGAUUCAAAACAUGUUUUCUAAAGAAGUUAGAAUUAAUUCGAUGGAUACAGGGUAUCCCAGGAGAAACGCAAAGGGCAAACAUUUUCGUAUAAAUAAUACUAAAUAUGUGAUGUGCAUAGUCACAGUAUACACAAUCACAUAUGAUUUAUUUAGCUAUUAAGAAAUCAAUUUUGAUAUAUAGAAAUGUCAAAUAGAACGUAUAUUCGUUUAUAGCGCGUUCAGCUACGUACGAUAGUUUUCUCGCUUAUAGCAGAGAUGAGAUGUUAAUAUAUAUACAUAUAUAUUAAUGUAAAUGCUUGCUGUUUUCACGCGCGGUGAAACUGCACCCGUUGCAUUCGAAUAUUUAAAUGGAUGCAUUGUAUUCGCUUGUAACUAGAAAAUACUCCUCAGAUAGUUUCUGUUCAUACACUGUGCCCUUUGCUGUGAUGAUCGGACUUUUGCAUUUCUGUGUAACGAGCUACAUUUACGUAUGGCGGGGUGAAAUUUUAACUAAGUUUUCGUACUGCUAUUCAUGUAAGUGGCUAUCGUUUGAAUGGAGUAAUAUAGGAGGAUAAGAAGUUAUUGCUUAUACGAUCAUAAGACAUACGUUUGCUUUCAAUGGACCAGGCUAUUUUGUGAUAAGUAACGCAUAAAGUGAUUACUGAAUCAGAAGAGAUACAAGGAGAUGUAGUGGCUGUACCUUUCUUUGAUAUCUUUCAUUUAAGAUCUUGAUAAGAGAAGUCCAGAAAUAUUCGUUUAGUAUUAUAUCUAGUAUAAAAAUGUCAAUACAAUGUUGUUCAUUAUGAUUCAUGGUUUACAUAUACAAUGACUAUUUUAUAUGCAAAUUGUGAAUUAGGUGUUGUUAUGUGAGUCUAAAGAUUGCUUGUCAUUUAAUAUACCAAAAAGGUUAAUUCAAGUCAUUCAAAUCAUUUAAAAAAAUCAUUUCUUCUUUUAACAAUUAAAUGUUAAUCAGAAGGGACAAGGACAGGUAAUGAAAUUUAUAAAAAGUGAAAUUGACCAACUUGUUUUCCGAAAGGUUCGUACGUUUCCAAGUUUCUAAUAUUGCUCGAUUUGUUGUCAAAUUUUAAAUAACUAAUUGGAAAUAACGCAUCUAGGAUUUUUGAUAAAAAUUUAAUAUAUCUAAAAGGAGGAACUCGUCUACUAUCGCAAUUCUCCUUGUAUAUCUUAUCAGUUUAGCGACUAUAUAUGAAAAACUUGUCUCAAAACAGUCUAAUAUUAUAAUGCAGCGAGCGGAAACAUUAAUGGAAUUUGAAAUCGCGACAUAGAUUGCAAGUUGUUAGCAUUCGAAACGAAUGAAAGGAACAAAAUGUUAUUUUUUUAUAAUAAGAAAAAAUGGUCUGCUAUUAUUUAACAGGCACUGAUUAGAGUUUUUGCUUAUCUCUCUCGCGUUGGCGUAUAAACGAUCGAAACAUUAUAUGAGGUUGCUCGAUGUGAUAUCACUUUUCAUAUAAAUCACGAGGAUCAAUGAGAAAUUUCACGAGGUCCAGGACUAAUAUAAAUGUAUUUUAUUAUAAACAAUAUAAACGAAUUAGCUUUCGUAAUAACCUAAAUAUAUACCGAUAGAGGAAGGAAAGGACGAACGAGAGGAAAUAACUAAUAGAAAUGGAAUAGAAUGGAACAAGUUUCAAGGGAGAACGAUUACGAGAUAGGCUUUCUUCCGCGAUGGUCUACAGGCGUGUUUCUCAAUGUAAAAUGAAUAUAAGUAACAGUAAAAGUAACAAUAAUAAUGGCUCGUAUCGACGAUAAUAUUGUAUUCAGUACUUAAGAAGACCGGAAGAAUUGUACCUUAUAGAAAAAUGAAAAAAAACUUUUCUCGCAGCAAACAAGCACGAUUUCGUCUCUCUCUCUCUCUCUCUCUCUCUCUCUAUCUAUCUAUCUAUCUAUCUAUCUAUCUAUCUAUCUAUCUAUCUUUCUUAAUCACAUAUUUAGGUUAGAGGGGCGAGAUCGUUUGAAUAUAUUACCGUUGUCAGUUAGAAAUUAUUUUACACACAAGUAACGCUGUUAUUAAUUACAAUUAUUCUUAUUAUUAUUUUUAUUAUUAGUAGUAUUAUCGAUAUGAUUAUUAUAUACGAUACUGACGCUUUUAUGGCUAUUUAUAUAAUAAUUUACACGAUUAAAUGUCGUUAGAUCGGCGUUGAACGAUAGCCUUUAACAAAAACAAAACGCACUUGAGUCACCUCUCUUUGUUUCUUUUGACUGAAAAUAUACGCGAACCCGGUAUGUUACAUUUUUCGACUGACUUGUUACUUGAAAAGAUAAGCGAUAUUUUAUAUGAUUUCUCUUUAAGCUUGUGCUGUUCUUUUUACUUUUUCUUCUUUUUUUUUUAUCUUUCUUGUCUAGAAUCUUUUCGAGGAUCGUUUCCUUGGCAUCGCUGGAAGCUCUUUCAUAUGAUCACCAGUUGAAGAAACGUUUAAUUGUUUCAAGAUUUUGAAUGAGAAAGUAAAGUAAAUGUAAGCAGAUAAAAGAAGAAAAUAGAAAAGCGAAGAGUGCGUGUAAAGAGAGGUUGAAUAAAAGAUAUUUAGGGAUUCAGCUAGGUUCUUAGAUGUCGAAAUUUCUAUUUUAUGAAAGUAUUUACUGUUUUUUUUAGGCAGACAGGAACUACUGGCGCAACUUAAAAAUUUAAUAAUUUGUUAAUGAUAAUUGAUUUUGUCUGUGUAUCUCAAAGAAUAGAAACAUAUUAUUUCAACGAUUGAUUUUUAUUAAGUUUAUAAGAGGAUUAAUUCGGAUAUUAACUAUAAGACAAGUUUGUCAUUAUGAUUGAUAGUUGAAUAAAAAUUGUUUGUUCCUUCAAAACUAAGUGCGAAGAGCUUUCAGGAAUACCGAUUGUUUACUCGUUAUUUUAACGACGCUAGUGAUAUAUCUGUGCAAUGUAAAUAAUAUUUUUUUCAAAUAAACGAAAGCUCACGCGUAACCGUAAA